UCUCCUCUACCCCUUUCAUAGCCCGCAAAUACAAACACAAUAACGGGUAAACAUCUGCUUUGACACUGAAGUAUGAUGUCACCGUCUCCUAUUAAAGGUGUAUGAAAAUUGAGUUGGUAUAAUCAAUUGGAACCCAUUCACUUUGAAUGCAAUGCAAAAUUGUUCUUUUAACACGAUUUACUUGAUCACUUUUCAUUUCCAUUGUUGGAGAUAUUUUCGUGAUUGUUUGUGUCAAUACAUAAAUUUUAUGGAAGCAAUCUUUUUCAAUAUUGACAUUCGUUUCAUCCAUUAUCUCUUUUAAACAAGCCACAGACCCAGGCCGGGUACUUUAGGACAGUUCAGUUUCGCGUUGGACUACAGAUGGAUGUGUGUUUAAAGUUCGGCCGAUGAAGACGAUGGCAUAUGCCAGACGUAGUAAGUCUGCGGGGUCUCGUUUGUCGCAGAAAUUCAGCGUCAUUAAUGAAGCAGACGACCCCAACUCGUAUAACGUCCGGUUUGACUACAGCCACACCUACCUUGACAACGAGGACCUUGACCUUCGCCUCGAGGACCAAGCGCUCGAACUUCACCGUGAACGCUACCGCGCGGGCGUCGAAACAGACGAACUUUUGAAAAAGGCCAAACAGGAUGCAGACGAGAAAUUGCAGCUAAAGAAUAAGAUUAAAAAUCGCGACCCGAAUGAAUCGUCGAAUCGUGUGUUGAAAUCUGCAGAGCUGAAAAGACGGCCUUCAAAGUUAGUGUGUGACAAGCAAUUCGUAGAAAACGCUAGUAAAACGCCAACGAAUGAGCAGACACCAGAAAAAGACAGCACAACUGAAAAUUUAAUGGGCGAGGAGAAUGAAAAACUUGAUGAACCCAGACAACCUAAAUGUAUAAAUAACCUAACUAUGUUUCUUUUGUCUGUUCAUACGUUCAAGAAAAAUAUCACACAGAAAAAGGACGAUAAAAACGUAACUGAGAAAAAGAAUAUAUUUGAUUCCGACAGCAAAGAAAAGAAAGUGCCUUCUCAUAAAAAGAAACCGCCGCAACUGUUGCCAAAGCGACCAUCCAGCUAUCACCUAGGCGACACAAGGUCAAGGUCACAAAGCCUGCCCAUCGGUAACGAAGAUGAUAAAAGUCAGUAUGGAAUGCACGUGCGGACGGAUUUCACGCGCUCGCGGCGCAGACUGGAGGAAAUCAGCCGACUGGAACAAGAUUCAAAAUAUGGCUAUGUAAAUAAGUAUGAAGAACGGCGGAAGAAACUACUUGCACAGUGCAAAGAUACGCAAACGCUUGACGGACGAAUUAAGAGCUUUUUGCAUGAAAUUGACGAGUUUAAAGUUCUGUCCAGUGCGGAAAAUUCACUUGAAAAGGUUCUUAUGCGUUCCAAACAGAAUCGUUUACAAAGAUCAAACACAUUUGCAUGGUAAAACAAAACUUUGGUUUUAAUUUUUAGUUUCUCCGUUGAUUUGUUUUCAAGAAAACAAAUCGAUGUUUUGUUACAUUCUUAGUGUCGUUGUUGUGUUAAAACGUUCUCUAUUGCCAUAGGUAAAACGUAUUAAAGAUAUUUUAUUUAAUUUGGAAAUUGAUAUGUACAUACGUCAUGGAUACGCUCAUAUGGAGCAUGUCCUACAACUUUGGUUGAAGUAUUUCUUGAGUUAUCUCCCUUUAUUGACUGAGAAAAUUGGAUAAACAUUAAGGUCGGCUUGCUUAUUUAUCAGUAUUACGAUGGAGACGAUAUGUGUGUUUUGAAUAAAUAAAUGUUAACCAAAAGGCUCAUUAAUAUAUCAUUCAUGAUGGAUUUUGAUUGAUCUUUAAACAAAAUGGAAAUGAGAUAUUUACGUCUUCAAUUUAUUGCACAUAAAAGAAAUAAAAAUAACCUUAGCUAACGUUCGCUAGUAAAAUAACCUAAUGUAAGGCUGAUUUUUAUUGCAACAAAUUAAAAUGAAAUGUGAUUUUUUUUCCUUUAUGCUUCGAAGAAAUUGAAUAUUUAUAUACAUAGAUUUUAGAGUGCUCAAAAGUGAUCACUUCAUUUUAAGUACAAUAAAACAAUAAGAAAGUUAGCAC